AACUUGCAGGACUGAGAGGGUUGGAAAACAGCCAUUUCUUGAUGUACCUCUUUCUCGUAGAGAGGAAAUCAUGGUUGUGCUGAAGAUUUCAUCUUUCCUUGCCAUUUAUGCCUUGGUGGUGUGCCAGAUGGAUAGCUUCCAGGCAGCCCCAGUCAGACCUGGCUUGGAGUCCAUAACAGAUCGAGUGACGCUCAGUGAUUACGAAGCUCGGAGAUUAUUAAAUGCACUGGUGAAAGAGUUCAUACAAAUGACAGCAGAAGAGGUGGAGCAAGCCUCUGAAGGGAACAGCCUGGAUAGACCCAUUUCCAAACGCUGUGCCAGUCUGAGUACUUGUGUGCUGGGCAAACUGUCUCAAGAAUUGCACAAAUUGCAAACUUAUCCUCGCACUGACGUCGGGGCUGGAACUCCUGGCAAGAAACGAAAUGUGCUGAGUGACGUGGAACACGAACGCUAUGCAAAAUACGGGCAACCCCUGGGAGACAACUAGACAUGCUUAUUUCUCCCCUUUUCCCUUUUUUUAACCUGAUGCAUGUGGAUCUAACUUUGAUUGCUAACUUUGCUAUGUUCUUUUGAUUCUGUUUUUGACAGAGAAUGUUUGAGGGGGGCCUAAUGUUAGGAAGACAGGGAACGUAACAUGCAUACCAAUCUAAGGGGAAAAAAAUGAAUAAAAAUGAACAGCACUUCCUUGACAUUUCAAAUGAUUUUCUUAGACCCUGAUUAAAAGAAAAUAAUCUAAACAAGGCUUUUCAUUUCUGCUGCUAAAUGUACAAGUAGGCUCUUCUUUUGUGCUUGGCCAUGCAUUUGUUCAAUAAACCUAUUUUUCUAUAAGGA